ACGGGUGGCUUUCCCUCGUCUUGCCCCGCCGCCUGGGGCAGCCGCCCGCCUGGUCCCGUGGGCCGCCUGCCAAAGUCCGGGCUCGCCCGGUCGGUCGCCUCGUCAUGAGCUCCUGCCAAUUUGCAGGCCCCUCUGGGUCCCCGAGGCACCCAAUUCCCCCAGUGGGGCUGCCUCUGCCAUCACUUCCUUUUGGUCUCCUCUCCCCCAAGGCUUCAGCCCAUCUUAAGGCUGGGCUUCGGGCGUGUUUACUUUCCACGAGGUUGGCGUGAAAAUCUCGUCAGGCGCCUUACCGUGUCAUGCACGUUUGCAAGGGUGGAAUAUAGCUAGGGGGUUCCCAUAUCCAUAGAUGUUCUGGCAUCAUGGAGGAGGUGGACAAGAUCCUCAUACAUUCCCUCCGCCUCUCUGGGACGGACAUCCCAGAUGAAGUCCAGAGCAUCCGCGAGUUUACCACGGAGUUGAUUAUUGAGUCUGUGGUGCGAUGCCUUCGGGUUAUCAGUCCUUCUGUGGGGGCAGGCCUCAGCCACAUCCUGCCCCCUGGCAUGUCUGCCCGUUUCCGAAUUGGCAUGAGCCUGGCGCAAGCCUGCCAGGACUUGGGCUAUCAAGGGGAAGUUGGCUACCAGACCUUUUUGUACAGCAGUGAGCCUGAAAUCCGUCGCCUGCUCCUCUUUCUCGUGGAGAAGCUGCCGCGGGAUGCUUCAGAGGAUGCUGACCAGCCUGUGGGCAAGUCGACAACACUCCACAGAGCCAUUGCUGCUGCCGUCAAGGAGCAGCUGGCUGUCCCCUGGGUGCCCCCCACCUGCCGAACCCCCCGUCUGCAAUUACUACAGAGUUCUUGUCUCUUGAAGCGAUUCCAAACUCAACCCUUGGUCCUACCUCGGGAGUCAGACCCUUUCCUCGGGAAGGUAUCUCAAGAGAGGAAAGAGUUCUUUGACAAGUUCCUGCCCCCCGUGUCAGCCCAGCUAACCCAACCUACGUCUUUGGUGCCAUCCCUGUUGGAGCUUAAUACAGCUGAGCUGAGUGCGGCCCAAGAGUGGGAGAGUGAGUGGAAGAGCCAGGGUCUCGGAUCACGCAUGACUCCAGAGGAAUAUCGCCAGUGGAAGCAUCAGCGGCUGCAGCGUCGCCUCCUGGACCAGCUACGGCAAGUUGCCCCUUGCGCUGGGCCUGCCCCUCUGGGAACAACGUCCCGCGAUCUGAUUCAGUUCCUGGGUACUUUUGGUGCUGGCCAUGAUCGUACUGGGGCUCUGGCCAAGGGGUCUCGCUUCACCCAUACUCAGCACUUAGCCUAUAAGCAGGAGGCAGAGCCCCCCUUGCAGGUGCAGACCCUGCCAGUCUCACGGACGUCAGAACAGGAGCUGCGGGAACAGCAAGCAACAGAACUAGAAGCCUUGGAAGGUGAGCUGGAUCGUGUCAUGGGCCAGAUUGCAGAGAUUGAGGGCCAAAUGUCCACACUGGGGCUGACCCUCACACAGGUGGAAGGGGAAGUGCGGCAACGGCAGUUGGAAGUGGCGGAGCAAGAGCAGGCCUUGCGCGUGAAGGGACAGACGGUGGAGCUGCUGCCUGAUGCCGAAAAUAACAUGGCUAAGUUGCAGGUGGUGGUUGAGAGUAGCGCACAGCGAAUCAUCCAGCUGGCUGCUCAGUGGGAGAAGCAUCGGGUGCCACUGAUCCAGGAAUUCCGGGACCUCAAGGCCCUUUGUGACUCCAAGGAGUUGGAAUCCUCUCGGCGCCUCUCUGAAAUCAGGGAGCUACACAACCGGAUCCGUUUGGCAGCCGAGGAUGCCAAGCACAAGGAUGAUCUCUACAAACAGCUGCUUGUGGAGUUGGAAUCGCUUCCCAAGGACGUCUCUCGAUCUGCAUAUACACAGCGCAUCUUGGAGAUUGUCAGCAACAUCCGUAAGCAGAAGGAGGAGAUCACAAAGAUCUUGUCUGAUACCAAGGAGCUCCAGAAGGAGAUCAAUGCCCUCACUGGGAAGCUGGACAGAACUUUUGCCGUCACUGAUGAGCUAGUCUUUAAGGAUGCCAAACGUGACGAGGCUGUGCGGAAGGCAUACAAGUAUCUGGCUGCUUUACAUGAAAACUGCAGUCAGCUGAUCCAGACUAUUGAGGAUACUGGUACCAUCCUGCGAGAAAUCCGGGACCUAGAGGAGCAGAUUGAGAGUGAAACCAGCAAGAAAACCCUAACCAAUUUGGAGAGGAUCCUGAGUGAUUACCGAGCCUUGAAGCAGGAAAAUGCAGCACUGCUCAGCCAUACCCAAGAAACGUGAAGACUUCCCCCACCCACCCCACAUGGUGCUUCUGGGGCCUGGCCUCUUUCUUCCCCCUCCUUUUUCAUCCAGACCCUGCUGUGCCUCUUAACAAGAAGGGCCAUGUCGAGCAAGCAGUGCUCGUCCUUCCAGGCGCUGCCUGCAUUGUGAGCUGCCUAAAAGCAGAAUUUGCCAAGGUGCCGUGCAUGGGCAGGAGAAGGCAAGAGUCUCAGUGCCAUCCUUCUGACACAGGUUGUACAUUGGAGAAGCAAAUGCUGGGGGAAGGCUUUCUUUCUUCAACUUAAUAGUUCUGGCAACCCAGCA